AUGAAGGAAGAUCACGAAUCUUGUUCGACUGGAAGUUCAUUGAGUGGAAUUUAUAAAAACUUUUUCAAGUCACAAACACAACCAGUAUGUAUGUUCUACUUCUCUCAUCCGUUCGGUAUAUCGACGCCCUCAUCAACAAACAACGCUGAUGUAAAAAAGAAACAAAAGAAAGGUUCAAAAUACACAACCACAACAUAUCUGGUGACGGAAAUACAAAAGAAUCAUAGUGAUGGAUCCCAAGAUGAAGCGGAUGCUAAGAAAAGUGUGGGGCUGAAUGAUAAAGAUUUAUUGCCUUGGCCAAAAAAUUUUCUACUUCCACCGCUCAUUCAAUUGAUUGAGAAGAAGCAUGGAAAGAAAUUGCCAGAUAUUGAUGCAAUUUUAAGGCAAGUCAGGAAACAGGCAUGGAACACGCCAAAAUCUCAUCAUUCGCACAGUUUUUGGAGCCGUGGAUCCUCAAUAUCAAGUGAUGACUUUUCAUCUCUUACGUCACCUGAAUUAUUCAUUGAAAAACCAUUUUACACGAAAAAAGCAAAGCUCAAAAAGAAGCUUAAAGGCGUACAAAAUAAAGUUGAAAAAAUGAGUAUGAACGAGAAAUCAAAUGGAAGUACCGGAAGUGGUCAUGGAAAAUCGCCGACCCUUUUGAAGCGACGGUAUUCUGUUCCAGAAAUUAUAAUGCGAAAAUAUUCGCUGGCACAACAGAAAACGUAUGAGGAGAGUACAAGCAUUUAUUUAACAACAGCACCAACAACUGAAGCGAUUACCAAAAGAAAUGGUCAAAGCAAUAAUCACAAUAAAAAACCAAUACAACCACAAACACCAUCAUCACAUACAGCGAGUCCGAUAAAAUACUUUAUACCGCUUUCACCACAGCAAUCGUCGAAUGUUGUAUCGUCGCCCACACUUAGUAGCUGUUCAUUUGGGGGUAGUGGAGGAUUUUUUCACAAUACAACUGAAAUAUCCAUGAGAAAGCAAACGCUUUUGCGUCGAAUGUGGACUCGAGAGUUUCAGCAUACAAAAUAUUCUGGCAGUUGGUCACCUCCGUUAAGAAAGUCAACACAUCAUAAUACCCAGAGUCGAUUAAAGAAAUUUAAUACAUUACCGGAAUUUUUAUCGUCAUCGUGUGAAAAGUGUAGGGAACUUGGGGUUUUAUCGCGCGAUAAUUUUGAAGACGAUUCAUGCGAAAAUAAGGAAGAUAAAUCACAACAGACAGAUUUGGGAUACGACGUGAGUGAAAAGCUAGAGAAGCAACAACAAACAUUGUCUAGUGCAUCAUCGAGCGCAUCGACAAUAAUUCAAUCAUCUGAUAUCGUUGGAAUAGAGGCAAAUACGACGACAAAAAGUAAUUCCGUUGGAUCUCAGACAACUUCAAUCAAAAACUCAUCAUCAUCAUCGAUAACUGAUGCGAAUGGUAAUAACAUUAUCAUAUGUAUGACGACAUUACAGCAGGAGCAACAAAUCUCACUAGAUUCACAGACUGAGGAUAUGUUGCAAGUUGAAAUUGACACUAACAACAAUACUAGUAAUAAUCAUGAUGUGACGACAACCGUAGUUGAGACAAAUAAGAAUGGAGAUAAAUAUUUGAAGAAGCAAUUUAGCACACAACUAGAAGACGAGGGAUAUCAUCCACAGGAAGACUUAUCAAACAUAAAUUAUAGACGAUUGCGUGAAGACAAGCUCAAUGACACCGAAAUUGAUCAGUAUAUAUCGCAAAUGCUCAUUGAUAACCUUAACAAUGUUAUAAAAACUGUUAAUGAAAAUUUACAAGCUAAUGGUGAACAUAACCUUGUCAAAAUCGAUUAUAACCACCACCCAUCCAGUGGUGGAGUCGACGAUGAAAAUGUUUUUAUUAAUUCGAACAAUAAAUUAAGAAACCAACACGAAAUUGCUAUUCAAAUGAGAAACGCCAAAAAUGGGGACAACAGCAAAAAUCGAAAUUCAAAUGAUUCUAUGAGCCCUACAACUUACGCUGCAGUCGAGCACGAUAUUUGUGGAAAUACGGAUGUAAAUUCCCCAAAGCUCGCCUUAGAGCAAUUUCAAAAUAAUUUAAAUCGUCGACAUUAUUUUGCAACAUCUUAUGUCGAUAGUAAGAGCAUAAGUGAACAUAGUAAUACAUCCACAGAUUUAUCUGAUCAAUUGGAGAUAACUGCAGUCAUAAAUACAGGUACAUCAUAUCCAUUACCAAAUCGUCCUGACUCUAUUCUAGUUCCCAGAGUAAUUGGUCCAAAAACUGAAUCAAUGGAAGUUAAUCCAUCGUCAUCAUCUGCUCAAGACGAUGAUGAAUUGGAUGGAAUGCCAGACUCUGAUGAUGAGGAUUUAAUAAGUGACGUAGAUAGUCUCGAUGAUGUGGUUACAAUUCGAGCUAAAAAAUUAAAUGAACUUGCUCAUCAACAGCAUCGAAAGGCUCAAGCUUUAUUUCGUCAAACGCACUUAAAAGGUCAGGCGUUUUUUGUUCCAAUUGUUGACACAGAUCAACCUAUUGAUGAACAUAUUGUCGUUGCCGAUACAAUGCCUGAAAAGUUGAAAGAAAAAUUAGUUUUGCGUCAGCGACGUAGAGACAUGAAGAAGCAAAGCGAAAUGAAAAUAAAGCAAUGGAAAAUGCAAAGAUUUAUAGAGCGAAAAAUGGAACAUUUGAAUGUCGUGAAUGACUAUCUUGCUGAUUUAUCGACUACUGGCGGUGCAUUUAAAAUUAUUGGAAUGCAAUCGAGACAAUUGCCAAUUGAAACAGCUGUAUAUAAAAGAGCACCUUCAAGUCAAUCAGGCGGUGGAAGUGGAUGGGUACCAAAGCAACGAACAGCACCACCACAAAUAACGACGCAACAUAGUAAUGAAUCAAUGUCUGAAAAGUCCUCUAAAUCUAAAAAAUUGAAAAAUGAUAUCGGAAUGUUGGAAUCAUAUAAAAUCGAUGCACGUGGAAAUAUGCAAAUUCAAGCACCAAAAAAGGAAAAAGAGAAACCCCCAAAACCAAAAAUUAAAAGAACUUCCUAUACAUCCAUAAGUGAUGGAAAGAGAAGCUCUAAGGGUAAAUUAAAGACACCCUCUGAGAGUAUUCAAAGAAAAUCUGUACCGUCUUCCAAACGAAUGUCGUCAAAUAUCCCAACAUCGUCUGCUUCCUCUGUGGAAGCGAUUGAUGCACGUCGACGACAAAUUAUGAAAGAUGUACAACAAAUGUCUAUAUAUAAAAACGAUUUAACCCCAGAUCCCGAUAGCGGACCAUCCCGUAAGAUGUGGAAAACGGAAAUUCAAGAAGGUGAUAAACAUAUUGAGAUUUUAGAAAUUGUAGAGUGUGUCGAUGGAAACACUUUAGCACAACAGGCACCAGAAAAUAAUAAUUUUAAUCACCUUUUUACAUCUUCACCGUCAAUUAAUUCACAAAAUCAUCAUAAAUUUUAUCAUGUUCCAUCAUCUUCAUCAUCAAUACCACAUUCGAUGUUUGUAAAUAAGACAUUUAGCGUUAAAACUAGUGGCUUUGAUGAUACAGGAUCGAAACAUUAUGCAUCGAGGAUUCCCGUGCCAGUUUACCGUCCAAUUCGUCAUUAUCGACAGCCAUUUAUUAAUUAUGAACCACGUGAUACAUCGCCAAGUAAUAAUUUUAGUUCAUCCACCGAUGCAGAAGAGUCACUAACCUCUGCCGGAAGUUCAGUCAAUCAACAUGCCUCAAAAGUAGAUCGUAUGAUAGCGAAUUUAUUAAUGGAAGCUCUUAAGAGUCCCGAUGACAUAGGUAUGGACUAUAUUCAAUCUCCAAAAGUUCGACGAAUGAAACGUCGUUCCCAAUCUCCAGGUGGUGGUGCUGAUUCAUCCUCAACUGGAUACUAUACAGGUGAUAGUUCAAGUCGUCGUUCUGCAAGUAAUAGUGCUGGAAAAUAUCAGCAUCGUUUUGAAGUCAUACCCGAAGAGAAAAGUUCAUUUUCCGUUGAUUCAUCAAACGAUGACUUUAUUGAGGACGAGGAAGAGGAAAAUACGCGAAAUGAGAAAAUAAAUAAUAUCAAUAAUGAUUGGAAGAGUAAGAAGAAUUUACAGAAUAAUGACAUAAAGACGAGAAACAUCACGCCACAGAGACAAAGUGAGAGCGAAGAUGAAGAAAUAGAAGAAGACAAGGAAAAUGCGGAUGGAAAUGAAGAAGAGAAUGAAAAAUGCAAAUCAAAUAGAAUCCCUCAACCGAUUAAGUCACCAUCUAGAGCUUUUAUAACUCCGAGCAAUCACGUAAACAGCAAUAAUAGUAAUAACCUAAAAGUUCCAUCGUCAUCAAUUAAAUCUGUAAAAUUGUCGCCAGCUAAAUCUCCAUCAAGAUCAAUAAAAUCUAAUAAGUCAACAAUUGGUGCUGACUCAUCGUUAUCAAUUAAUGCAUCACCGAGCAAUAAGAAGGAUAUGACAUUAAUGGAUGUAAAAAUACCAACAAAAACUAUAGCAGAUAUCAAAGAUGCCUCAGAGACAAAAUCAUUUGUGAUGUUUACUGACGAGAACGGCAACGAAGAUGAUAACGAAAAUGAUGUGACUGAUGGCUAUGAGAGGAACUUGAGAGGCAAUGAAUCAUCAUUAGACCAACAUAAAUCGGAAGAUCAUGUAGAGCACGGUCAUAAAAAUUCGGUCCAUCAAUUCAUAAAUCAUAAUAAAAACUCAUCAACACCGCCAUUGUCGUCAAAUAGUAAUAAUGAUGCUAGCAUUAGCAACAGCAAUAAUCAUUUCCAUUAUCAUUUGUAUCAAUAUCAAACAAACCAUUGCUGUUUCAAUUUACUUGACCAUAGCAAAUCAUCAUCCACAGUAACAACUGCAACAUCGACAGGAACGUAUGAAAACUACUGUCAAUCACAAUUUGCAGACAAGUCAUGUCCAUUAGGCAUAACUGAUAUCUCAUUGUCAUUAAAUACACCACAAUCAAAGGAUAGCGAGGCUUUAAAGUCAAUCAAUUUUAAUAAUUUUACAAAAUUUAACAAUGAAAAUCCAACAAAUCCAAAUAGUAGUGGCUCAGAAUAUCCAUCGAUGGUAAAUGAUAUGCAAAACAAACUUAAUUAUCCAUCAGCUGGUGAUAAUACACCAAUAUCGUCGUGCAAUGACACAUCACGCUCACAAACCGCAGAUGAAAAAAUUAUUCAAAUUGAGCUUUCGAAUGAAAAUGCACAAAAACCACAAACAGAUCAAGACAAUGACACAUGCAGUUGCACAAAAAAGUACUUACCAUAUAGAAUCAAUGAGAAGAAUGUUUGGCAAGUGUAUGAAACAAGUGAUUGUAAAUAUAUCCAGUCAAAAGUUGAAAUUGACGAAGUUUUUCAACCACCACCAACGAUGUCAAGCGACUCGACAACAUUAGCAAGUGAAAAUUGUAAUUUACUGCACAGUCGUUCAAACUUUAGUAACCAAAUUGUUUGCCAUGCAAUCAAUCAUGAAAUGAACCACAGCGAUAAUGCACUGCAUAAAAUGAACGAAACUGACUCUGUAAAUAUAAACAGCAAUAAUAACAACAAGAAUAACAUUACACAAACAUCACAAAAAAGUUUCAAUACAGGCACAAGCGAUAAUAUUUACACGCCAACAUUCAAUAUAAAACCUGUAAAUAUAGACACUUGCCAGUGUAAUAUCAACGACAAAUAUGAGAGUAAGAACAACAAUAUUAAAUAUGAUGAAGAAGAUGAAGCUGAAAAUGCCUCAAAAGCCAAUAACGAAGAAGAUGAUGCUGAGGACGAAGAUGUUGAUGAUGAUGAUGAUGAAAGUGUCAUUAUCUCUAAUCAAUCAAUAUCGACAUUAACGCGUGAAACUUUUGCUGGUAGAGAGACGGGUAAAUUGCUAAAUCGACCGAAGGCUACAAACAACAUUUCGAGAGAUCAAGUGAAACCUGUCGAAAAAGAAAUAGAGAAAGAAAUAAUACAAAAUGGUAUGAAAAGUAGCAGCACAAAUGCAUUUAAGACUUCCUCAAAGCCAAUUAGAUUGCCAAGUCCGAAUCCAAAACAACAGCAAACAUCACCGCCGAAGCGAAAUAAUAGCUAUGAAGAUAAUUCAAAUGAAAGUUCUGCAUCGACUGAUAGUCAGUGUGAAUCACCAAAACAUAUUCCCAAGAUCUCAUCGAAGCAAAACAGUAAGGAAAGUACACCGAAAAGAAAGUCAAAGACUUUGAUGAAGCAGGAAAAUAAUAGUGUCGCCGGAACUCAUCCAGAUUUAGCACCUGACGUAGAAAUGAAGAUUAGCUUCCCGAAACCAAAAGGAUCAUCUCAGUCAGCAUCAAUAGGCCCAAGUGAAGUGUCAAUUACUGAGACUCAAAAAUCAGACAACGAAGUAUUUUAUUAUAAGAACAAUCAGCUUUUGCCACCACCACAAAUGAAUCAAGGAGAUGACCAAAUGCAUUAUGAACACACUCAACAUCAUAUGCUACAUCAGUAUGAACCAAGUAGGCAGCAGAUGCAAUAUCAAUAUGAACAAAGUCAUAUGAAGCAUCCUCAUUAUUAUAAUCAUAGAAGAUCACUGUCUUUGGCGAGGAUUGAUAGUGGGAUGAGUAAUGGAAUGGUUAAGCCGAAAUCUUACAAUCUUCCAAAUCUGCAUGUACCGAGACCAACUGCAAGAAAUGCUUUUAAACAAGUCCGAACUACAACAAUCUCAGCAUCAAAAACUGUGAUUCCAAAUAGAAGAUCCUUAUCUCUGGAUGUUGGAAACGAAAACAGAAGAUUAUCUUACGAUAGCCGUAGCCAAGUAUCUCCAGUCACACCGAGUGAGAUGCUCUCUGUUGUCGGGUCAGAAAUUAAGAAAACUUUAAAGCCAAAAGUUAAGACAAUGAGCGAGAGGGACUUAACGAAACGUCAUUUAAACUGUUUUACAAGGAACAAUGGACCUAUGUUUUAA